AUGAAGCUACCAUCUUCCGGAAAUCCAACAGCAGCAAGCAGUCUAUCUUCAAUUCCUAGUCCCAUCGGAACAGGGAACUCAUCCCAGAAUGUAUCUGCCAACCCAUCUCUCGAUAUCCGCCCUCUAAAAAAGUUCAAAAUGGAAACACAGAUCCAGGCCAGAGAGCCCGAGACCUGCUUAGAAAACUCACAGUGCUUCUGGAACCACAUAUGUGUCGACGGUGUUCGCAGGGGAGCGGAUGGGCCGGAUGGGGAUAAUUGGGGUGAUAUGAGACCGGAUUCUGGAGAUAUACAGCAGUUGCUUGAUGGUGAUGAGACGGCGGCGCCCGCGAGGUUCAAGGGGCGAGAUGAAGAUUUAGAGAAGGGGGAUAUGGGUCUUGAGAGACGAGAUUUGGUUGCGGAGGCUAGGGAGUUUGAGUUGGAUGAUGGUGGUGAGGAUUUGGACGAGGAGGAUUUGGAUUCUGAGCUUAUUGAACAGGGGAAAGCUGCCUACUGGGAAGAUCACUGA